AUGAUCCGAGAUAGGCUGAAGAAAGCCCAGAGCCGUCAGAAGAGUUAUUAUGAUGCCAAGCACAAACCCCUUGAGUUCUCUGAAGGGGAUCAUGUAUUCAUUCGGCUCUACCAGAUAAUAAAGAGGGUCGGACCGGUGGUGUAUCAACUUGCUCUACCUCUCAACUUGGCGAAUUUACAUGACGUCUUUCAUGUGAUUCAGCUCCGCAGAUAUAUAUUUGAUGAUUCACACAUUUUUCAACCGGAUAACAUAGAGGUUAAAAAGGAUUUGAAGUUCGUUGUUGGACCUUCUAAGGUUCUUGCUCGAUAUGAGAAACGGAUUCGAAAUAGAGGCAUUCCCAUGAUCAAGAUUCAAUGGGAAGGAUCGACACCUGAGGACACCACAUGGGAGCAGGAGGAUGAUAUUCUCCGGCGAUAUCCCGAUUCUGAUAUCAGGUAUGAUCCGAUUUUGAGGACAAAAUCUUUUUAA